CAGACACACAGGGCUGAACCUCGGGGCUGGAAUGCAGUGAGGAUCCCCCUGGGCCGGGCUAGGGGCUGAAGCUGCCUUCAGGAAGCAGUUGCCUGCAUGUGAUCACGCUCCCUGGAGACACACUGCAAAGGAGCAAACAGCCCUUUCCCUCCCAGUAGUGCUGGGGUUGCCGGCACUGCGCUGCUCCUCAUGCGAGCAUGUGUCCCACAGCGCUACCAGCCAGGCCAGGGCAACCAGGCUCUGCUGAACAAGCUGCGUCCAGACUCUGAUGGGCAGCAGAAGGAGACAUGGUGGGGCAGAGCUGAGGAGCAGGGCAGCACCUGGGCACAUAUGCAUCCAAGCCCCAGUGCCCAGGGUCCACGCAGAAACCUUGGCACUUCAACUGGUUGUGUGGCUCCUCAGGGAUGUCCCCAAGGCUGGGACUCUUGCUCCAAAGCAGGGCUCAGGUUCAACCCAGCAGGUCCCUCGGGCUGUUCCAGGCAGGAGCCCGGUGGCCUGUGGCCCUGCCCCAGCCCUGGGGGAGCAGAGGCCCCUGCAGCAUCUCCAUCUGCCCAGGCCCAGGGUGGUUCACCCGGACCCCUGAGCAGGGUCUUGCCUGGGCUGAGAGUCGGGGCCGGGAGAGCCCAGAGCCGCCCAGCAGCUGCCCGGGGAGCUCCGGUGCUUGUGGAGCCGGGUGGGGGGUUGCCGGGCAGCACGGCCGCUGCCCCGGCGGGUUCUGCCGGGACCGGGGCGAGCUGCGGGGAGGCUCUCGCCGGCACCGGGCGGCGGCUCGGCGGGGACCAGGCAGCCUUUGCCAGAGGGGCGCCCAGGGGGACGGAGCCGACCGGGGGGAACCGGUUGCCCUUCCCGACGUGGGGCGGUGCCCACCGGCAGCGUGCGCUCCCCCGGGACCCCGCGGCGGCGGCUGGGGGGCAGCUACUCUUCCCGUAGCGGGAGCUCCCGGGGCCGCCCGGGGGUUUUCGGCCGGGCCGGGCCGGGCCGGGCGGAGGGUACCGGGUGGCGGGCGCGGGGCGAGGCCGGCGGGGGCGGGCGCUGCCGGGGCGGGCUCGGCGGCGCCGUCCUCCCUCCGGAAGUCUCUCCCGCUCCCUCCUUUCUCCUCCUCUCCCCCGACAACAUGGCCGCGAAGUCGGACGGCGGCGGCGGCCCGGCCGUACGGCUGGAGAGCCCGGAGAGCAGCGGCGGGAGGAGGGGGGGCGGCGCGGCACCCCCGGCGCGGCGGUACCGGCUGCGGGACGGCUGCUGGGUGCUCUGCGCCCUCCUGGUCUGCUUCGCGGACGGCGCCUCGGACCUGUGGCUGGCGGCCCACUACUACGUGCGGGGGCAGCGGUGGUGGUUCGGGCUGACGCUGCUGUUCGUGCUGCUGCCCUCGCUGGUGGUGCAGCUGCUCAGCUUCAGGUGGUUCGUCUACGACUUCGCCGCCGGCACCAAGGACGGCGCCGGCAGCACCAAGGACAGCGCCCGCGGCCCCCGCGGCUGCUGCCGCCUCUGCGUCUGGCUGCUGCAGGGCCUGAUCCACCUCCUGCAGCUGGGGCAGGUCUGGAGGUACCUCCGCACACUGUACUUGGGGCUGCAGAGCCGCUGGCAGGCUGAGCACCGUCGCCGCCACUUCUACUGGCGGAUGAUGUUUGAGAGCGCGGACAUCAGCAUGCUGCGGCUGCUGGAGACCUUCCUGAAGAGCGCACCCCAGCUGGUGCUGCAGCUCAGCAUCAUGGUGCAGCAGAACAGCAUUGAGCCGCUGCAGGGGCUCUCAGCCUCAGCCUCGCUGCUCUCCCUGGCGUGGAUGAUCGCCUCCUACCAAAAGGUGCUGCGGGACUCGCGGGAAGACAAAAUGCCCAUGUCCUACAAGGGAGCCGUGGUGCAGAUCCUGUGGCACCUCUUCACCAUCGCUGCCCGCGCCAUCGCCUUCGCCCUCUUCGCCUCCGUGUUCCAGCUCUACUUCGGCAUCUUCAUUGUCACCCACUGGUGCAUCAUGACCUUCUGGAUCAUCCAGGGCGAGACAGACUUCUGCAUGUCUAAGUGGGAGGAGAUCAUCUACAACAUGGUGGUGGGCAUCAUCUACAUCUUCUGCUGGUUCAACGUCAAGGAGGGACGGAGCCGUUACCGCAUGUGCAUCUACUAUGUCAUCACGCUGUCGGAGAACGCCGCCCUCACCGUCCUCUGGUUCCUCUACUACAACCGCGAGGCCAUCUCCGACUUCGACGCCUUAAUCCUCGUCUGCGUGGUCAGCUCCAGCUUCGCCCUUGGCAUCUUUUUCAUGUUCAUCUACUACUGCCUCUUACACCCCAACGGCCCCAUGUUUGGCUCCCAGGCUGGGGGCUGCAUUUUCCGUCCUCAACCAGCCCCAGUGCCGGGGUCCCCCACGGACGCCAUCACCAGCCCCCCCCGCUCGCUGCCACGGACUACAGGGGGGGAGCGGGAAGGGGCACCGGGGGAGCGGGACAGCUGUGUGCCCGUAUUCCAGGUGCGACCCUGCGCCCCACCGGCGCCAGCCGCCCGCGCCCCGCGGACAGAGGGGCCUGUCAUCCGCAUUGACCUGCCCAGGAAGAAGUACCCAGCCUGGGACGCCCACUUCAUCGACCGGCGCCUGCGGAAAACCAUCCUGGCGCUGGAGUACGCAUCACCCACCACCCCGCGCCUGCAGUACCGCACCCCCGGUGCCCCCCAGGAGGUGCUGGAGUACGAGACCACCGUGUAGGGUGGAGGCAUGGGGCCCUCCUGGUGCCGCCCCUCAUCCUUGCAGCCGUUUGCCUUUCUGUUGGCUUUGCUGGUGCUGCCGUGCUGCCACGCAGAGCACCCCGCGGGUGGGAGCCGGGGAGGUCUCUUGGUGCUAUCCCCCCCUGCGCCACCCUCCUGCAGCCCAGACCAUGUCCCAUCCCACGGUGGGUGCCCCAGCUCCCCCCAGGGCUCAUCCUUGCCAAAAUACCUCACUGGUGCCUGAGCCCAAGGUGGUGGGUGCUGCAACCCCCAGUGCUCGACUGGGUUGGUGGUGCAGGGUGGGGACUGAGCCCCCAGGCUGGGGGCUAGUGGCUCUGGGGGGCCUGGGCCAUGGCAGGGCAUGGCAUGGCCCAGGAGGGCAGCGUGUGGGGACACAGGUGUAUGUACCACGGCAGGGCCGUGGGGCUGGAGCGCAGCUGCACUGGGGUGUGCUUGGGGCUCCUGUCACCCCCAGGGAGCCAGGAGAGGGGAGAGCUGGGGUCCAGCCAGCCCCUCCAUGUCUCCUGACCCUCCUGCCCUGCAGUGCCAGCCAUGGGGGAGCCCCUUCAUUGCCACCCUUGGUGGCCCUGGCUGGGGGUCAAGCCGUGUCCACACCCAGGGGGUGUCCACUGCCCUGCAGGGUGCAGACCCCAGCCUGGGAACCCUCUCAUGGGUGCUGAUCCUGCUCCCCCUGACAUGGAGCUGGGCCCUGGCUCCAACUGGGGUGGUGUCACCCCACCGUCCUCCUCAUCCCCUCAUGAACCGCUUCAUCUCAUUGCGUUUGUUUUCACCUGAAUGGUGACAUUUUGUGUGACAUUUUCUACCUCCACUGCGGCUGGGGGGGAGCAGGGCUUGGCUGGGGGGGCGGAACAGGGCCACUGGCAUUCAUGGGGCUCCCCAAAGUGGGAUUCACCCCCCAGUCAUUCUCCCCUUCCGGGUUUGGCAUUUUUUCCCACCCAGGAGCAUUUCCAUCCAUCUCCCACAUCGGCCUCAGCCCCUCCAGCUCCCCAGUAUAAACUUGAGCUGGAAUCCUGUCUCCCCCCUACCUCCCUCUGCCUCCCUGCCACUGUCCCUGCCUGUCCCUGCCUGUCCAGCCAGGUGGGGCUGCCCUGGCCUCUGGGUCUGAAUGUGUCCCUGGUCCUGCCCGGACCUGCUGGUGUGUCCCAGCCUGAAGGGCUGUGCUGAAUGUCACCUGUGUCCCCUGCGUGGGGUGUAUGCAUAUGUGUGUGUGUGCGCGCGCACAUGGGCGGGGGAGCUGCCAGACCCCCUGGCUGUGCCCCACCUUGGUCCCUCAUGCCCCCAGCACCCACGGCCCCUGUGCCUUGCCCAGAUUCCCACUAUCCCCCCACAGCCCCACAGUGUCACCAGCCACCCCCGGGGCACCCCCGGGCACUGCACACGGUGGGGGCUGCUGUGGGGGCUCUGCCCCAGGAACGGCUCUGGCUGCUGGCACCGGGACGGGGCGUGGGGUCCCGGGGACGGUGGGUGCCCCGUGGCACGGCCAGGGCGGGGGUGCGCGGUGGCGUCACUUAGAUUUUGUUUUCCGUUUCUCCGUAGCUGGAAGGCUGGGGUGGCAGCAGGCUGCGGCGGGCCGUCACGGCGGUCGUUGGUGCUAACUGGUGCUAACUGGAAGCCUCGGAAACCCUUGGUGGAGGGUGCAGAGCAUGGCUGGGCAGCAGCCCGGCGCCCCCGCACCCCCAGCCCUCCCUCAGCGCCGGGAACGGGCAGAGCCCGCCGGGGGUUGAGCCUUGCCGGGGGCAGCGCCGGGCGGGGGCUCCGGGGGAGCGGGGGGUCUCAUUUCCUCAGGGAAGGUCGGGGGCAGCGGGCGGGGGGCCGGGCUGGGGCUCACCCCGCUGGGCGUCAAGCGGCGGCUCCUCAGCGGGUCCUGCUCACUGAGCUCAGAAAUCACCGGGGCCGGGCCGCAGGAGGACCCGGUGGCAGCACGGGGCGGCUCCUCUGGUCUCCCCAGCCCCUCUCCCGUGUCCCCGAGGGCAGAGAGGAGCCGCUGCUCGGGGAGAUUUGCACCCCCCCGUGCCCGUCACCCUCGGGUGUGCGUGGGGACCCGCGCGGCGGGGCAAGGGGACACUUUUCUAUGCACUCAAGCCACGGUACCCUCAGCCCCGGGCUGCUGCGGGCAGGGCUCCCCGCAGCAGGCAGCAGCAGGCAGCACCGAGCCCCUGCCCUGCUCGGCGCGGGGAGCCCGUCCACGCGUGGGGCUAGGAUGCAGCCGUGGGACUCGCUCCCAGCCCGGAGCUCGGCCACCCUGCUGCCAGCCACCCAGCCCGUGCCAGUGGGGAAGCCAAACCGGGCGCCUGGUGCCAGCGGCAGCACUGGGAUGGCAGCGCCGGCCUGCUGGGGCCACGACGAGGGGAUGUGACCCAGGGCAGAGCUGGGUGCUGUGGGACAGGGGCAGCUCCGGGCGUGCUCGAGCUCCACAGGGGACGGGUUCCUCGUCCCUGAGGGGUGUCACCUCUGGGGGUGGCAGCAGGGCUGCCCCAGCUUCAGGGAGCGGGAAGAGGGUUGUUCUGGGGCUGUUCAUUUCUGGUGGGGGCUGCCGGGGGGCUGCGUCCCAGAAGAUCUCAGCCCCCAACCCAGUUCUGGGACCUGGCGGCCACUGUCAUGUACUGUAAAUACUCUGUGUGCCACCUUCUUUUUUGGGGCCCUCGGCGCAGGUGGGUGGCGAGCGGGAGGCCGGGGUCCAUACCGAGACUUUUUUGUAUACCACAAACUUUUUGUAUAUUUUUAAUUUUGCUGCAACAUGAGAUAUUAAAUUCAUUUCAAUAA